AAAGUUACCGUCUAUAUUGAUAAUCAAGUAAGGAGUCUGUUAACAUAUAGCCCCUCCAGUCUCCACACAACGAAGUUCCACAAAAACACCUACUAAUUUUAGUAACCGUUGGUGCUUAAAUAAUAUAAACCAACCAAUUGGUGAAGGUGUCACAUUUCUGUCCUUAAAUGUAAAAGUACAUGCCCUAUACUCCUUCCUUUUCCAAAAUCCCAUUAAUUUUGGCCCUAAUUUUACUCUCCAAAUAAGAUGGGUGUUCAUCUGCUUUCUGUUGCAACACUAAUAUCAUUCAUUCUACACAAUUCUGCUGUCAUUUCUGCUCACUGCUCUAAUAGGCAGUGCAAGUUAUUGGAAAAUUGCUCAGAAAAUUCAGAUUGUGGUGAGGGUUUGUACUGUUCUAAGUGUCAAUAUCCAAAACCAAGUUUCAGUGGGGCAACCUGUGUUAGAUCAACUGUUACAAAUCAGUUUAAACUUGUGAAUGAUUCUCUGCCUUUCAACAAAUAUGCAUUUUUGACAACUCACAACUCCUUUGCCAUCAGAGGGGAGCCACACAACAUCAAAGCACCUAGAGUAACUUUCACUAAUCAAGAAGAUAGUAUUACUCAACAACUACAUAACGGUGUUCGGGCCUUAAUGCUAGAUACUUAUGACUACAAAGGAGAAAUAUGGUUGUGUCAUUCUUUAAGAAAAUGUCAUGCCUAUACUGCAUUUGAGCGUGCUAUCGAUACACUGAAGGAAAUCGAAGCAUUCAUGGCAUCAAAUCCAUCAGAAAUUAUAACACUAAUCUUAGAGGAUUAUGUAAAGACUCCUAAGGGUCUGACGAAAAUAUUCGAGGAAUCGGGCUUAGUGAAGUACUGGUUCCCUGCAUCAAACAUGCCAAAGAAUGGCAUGAAUUGGCCUUUGGUUAAGCAAAUGGUUGCUAAUAAUCAAAGGCUUGUUGUAUUUACUUCUAAUAAGAGUAAGCAAGAAAGUGAAGGAAUUGCUUAUCAAUGGGACUACAUGGUUGAGAAUCAAUAUGGGAAUACAGGAAUGGAAGCAGGAAAGUGUCCAAAGCGGAAAGAGUCAUCUCCGAUGAAUGAUCACACAAAAUCAUUAGUAUUGGUAAAUCAUUUUAAAACAAUUCCUGUGAGGCUAACAGCUUGUGAACACAACUCAGAAGAACUGACUCAAAUGUUAGAAACUUGCUACGCUGCUGCUGGUAACCGCUGGGCUAACUUUGUUGCUGUCGAUUUUUACAAGAGGAGUGCCGGAGGAGGAGCAUUCCAAGCAGUCGAUACUCUGAAUGGAGAGCUGCUAUGUGGUUGCAAUGACCUUCAUGCAUGUCUGGCAAAAUCAUCAAGGUGGUGGAGACCUUGCAAAAAGAUCAAUCGCGUGCUUCCAUCUAAUUAAAAUGAUUAGCACUCUUUGUAUCCGUAUGUGUAAUAUCCUUUGAAUCAGUAGGACUUGGAAAAAUUUCAAGGCGUUACG